CUCUCUCUCUCUCUGGCUGGCAUUAGAUUCUAGAGAUGCUGGUGAUGGUCCACAGCUGAUGCUUGUUAUUUAGAUUACUAUCAGAUAGAAAGGAACGCCCAACUGAGGCCAUGGCGCUAGUGAUCUACUGGUACGACUUCAUCUGCUUCGCCAUUGUCGCUGGCGCCAUCUUAGGUUCUCUAUGGGUUCUUAGGCGGAGAGAGGGCUCCGGAACUUGUGAGGAUCACUCCGCAUACGAGAGCCUGCUGGUGGCUCAGUCGGACACUGAAGGGUUUGCUGGGGUGACACGGUUACGGGCCGGUCACCUCAGCUCCACUCAACUCUGGACCAGUUGUUGGCGUGGGCUGCACCCUGUAUGGCUCUUAGUGUCACGCACCGUCUCAGCCGUAGUCAUGAUCGGACUGCUUCUUUGGGACGUUCGUCGAUACGACGCCAGCAUCUUCGUUUACUACACCGAGUGGACAUUUACAUUAGUCAUUCUCUAUUUUGCGCUUGGUAUCAUUGCAUCUGUUCAUGGAUGCUUGAUGCAUUCAAAAAGACCUUGGACUGAAAAUGAUGAAAACAAUGGAUAUCUGAAGAGCGAUUUAGAAGGACGUAACUCUACAAGCACCAUAAAUUUAAGAACACACAAAGUCAGGGGCACCAUCAAGUUGCAAAGUCAUCAUGAGCAAGAUGCGACAGAACAAAGAGCUGGAUUUUGGGGAUAUCUAAUGCAAACUAUAUUUCAGACCUGUGCAGGUGCUGUGAUUCUUACGGAUGUUGUAUUUUGGUUUGUCAUAGUUCCAUUCUUGUCAAUCCAGCGUUUUAGCCUAAACCUGUUAAUGGGGUGCAUGCAUUCUUUCAACCUUGUGUUUCUUCUCCUUGACACUGCUCUCAACAGUCUUCCUUUCCCUUGGUUCCGGCUUGCAUAUUUUGUUCUCUGGAGUUGUCUCUACGUCAUUUUCCAAUGGAUUAUUCACGCUUGUGGGUUUACAUGGUGGCCGUAUCCUUUUCUUGAACUGUCGAUCCCAUGGGCACCUCUUUGGUAUUUCGGUUUGGCUGUGGUUCACAUCCCAUGUUACGGUCUGUAUGCAUUGAUUGUAAAAAUAAAAAACGCAGUUUUCUCGAGAUUGUUCCCCGAGGCAUACAUAAGGUGUUAAUUAGCUUCUCCAUUUCUUAUUGUUCUUUGAAAAAUGGUUGUACCUGAUGGUGAUCCGUCUGUGUGAAUGCCUAGUGUACGUAGAGGAGGGAGGGUUUGAUGUAGCGGCAAUCACCUCUUCUAGUGAAUCAAUCAAAAGGAUGUUUAUUA